UUUAUUUCGGUUUUGAAACGGUAAAGGUAGGGUAUGGGUAUGUUGACAGCGCGCUAAAACACGUGGUGAAGUUGUAGUGCUUGUGGACUGUGUUUUAAUUUAUUUUAAAAUGGAAAAAGAUCUGAAAAUGACUUCUACGAAAGAAAAAGAAAAUCCCGACGAUGAUUCAUCAGGGAUACAAAUGAAAAAGGAAUUAUCUCUUAUGGACGGGGUGGCAAUUAUUGUUGGGGUUAUUAUUGGUUCCGGAAUUUUUGUUUCUCCUAAGGGUGUUUUAAAAGUUUCUGGUUCUAUUGGAUUAGCUAUAAUAGUUUGGAUACUUUCGGGAGCUUUGUCAAUGAUCGGGGCACUAUGUUACACCGAGUUAGGUACUAUGAUACCAAAAUCUGGAGGAGACUAUGCUUACAUCAAAGAAGCUUUCGGGUCCCUUCCGUCGUUUUUAUACCUUUGGGUAGCCCUAUUUGUUUUGGUGCCCGUAGGGAACGCUAUAACGGCAAUCACAUUCGCUCAAUACAUUGUACAACCAUUUUGGGGCACUUGUCCAGCGCCGUACGAAGCUGUGCGACUGCUAGCUGCAGCUACUAUUUGUAUUUUAACGGCUAUUAAUUGCUAUAACGUUAAAUGGGUAACACGAGUCCAAGGAAUAUUCACAGCCACGAAAAUGUUCGCACUUGGAAUUAUUGUGAUUGCUGGAAUCUACUAUGCUUGUUUGGGUCAUGUGGAACAUUUUCAAAGGCCUAUGCAAGGAUCGAAUUGGGAUCCAGGCCAUAUUGCACUCGCAUUCUAUUCGGGAUUGUUUUCCUAUUCCGGUUACAAUUAUUUAAACUACGUUACAGAGGAACUUAAGGAUCCCUAUAAGAAUCUUCCCAAAGCCAUCUGUAUAUCCAUGCCGGUAGUAACAGUCGUAUAUGUUGUCACAAACAUAGCAUACUUUAUUGUAUUGAGCAAAGAUGACGUUUUGGCUUCGGAGGCUGUUGCAGUGACUUUUGGUGAUAAAAUUUUAGGCAUGUUUUCUUUCAUCAUGCCUUUGUUCGUCGCUUGCUCAACAUUUGGCUCGCUAAAUGGAGCGAUAUUUGCUUCCUCGAGGUUGUUUUAUGUAGGAGCAAGAGAUGGUCAUUUACCUCAAGCUAUCUGUUUGAUUUCUGUGAAAAGGUUGACACCUGUCCCGUCAUUAGUAUUUUUGGCAAUCAUUACACUGGCAUUAGUAAUGGUAGAAGAUGUAUACGCUCUCAUUAAUUAUGGAUCUUUUGUAGAAGCACUUUUUAUUACCGUCAGUAUUGUGGGACUUUUAUACAUGCGCAAAACUCAUCCGAAAGCUCUACGACCCAUCAAAGUGAACUUAAUUCUUCCUAUUACAUUCUUCAUAAUAUGCGGGUUUUUAGUAACAUUUCCGUGUUAUGUAACCCCUCUAGAAGUAGGAGUUGGUGUAGCUUUUAUAUUGUGUGGUAUUCCAGUAUAUUUCGUUACGAUAUAUUGGCAAAACAAACCACUUUGGUUACAGAACUUUUUUAAUGAUUUUAAUAUUGGCUGUGCUAAGUUGUUUAUGUGCGUGCCCGCAGAGAGUGAGAAAGAUUUUUGAUAAAUACUUUUUUAUUAAUUUAUUGUAUUAAGUAUUAGUACGGUGAACAGGAGGGACCAAAGGUUAGUUAAACUCGAAUUCUUUUUUUAUUUUAUAAAGCGCCAACACUGUUUCGUUGUGACCUACUAGGACUAUUUUUUAGUUAUAUGGCUUUAUGUGCCACUAAUUUAAAAUUUAUAUUUUUUUUUAUAUUUAUUUUUAUUUCUUUUAUACCAGUGGGGAAAUUUAGCUAUAACGCUCAUUAGAGAAAGAAAACAAAAAAUUAAUAUCAAGAAUCUAGGUGUAAAAUACAAACCAAUAAUAAAUGUGUAGGGGAGUAAUGUAAAUGUGUAAAAAAUUUAUUUUUAAAUUAAAAGAAAAAUUUUCAAAACGGUAUGUUACACGAACUCUUUCUUAACAUUCUAAGAACGAAAUUCGCUAGAAAAUCACAUAAUGAAAAAAAUAGAACUUAAAGAAAAAAUACCAAUUGUUCCACUGUGUACCACAAUCGGUACACAGUGCAACAUAUAUCUAGUGUCUUAAUAAACUGUUUUGACCACGUAAAGCCCUUAUCGAACAUCUAACGAUCCAAAGUCAAUAAUAAAUUUAUAAUAACCUGCCAACGAUUUGAUUUUUCGUCGAAACGGGUUGAGGUAAAACCAUUUUUAUAUCAACUUUAUUCACUAGAGCUAACUCAGGCUGUGGAGGAAAGCGAAAAGAACCACCCAUUUCUCACAUUUUCGAAAAUAUGAAAGUUCAUAAUCAUUUUGGUCAUUAACAUCGGUAAGUAGCUUUCCAACAUAGUAGACCUUUUUAGGAAAACGUUUUAACACGAAAUCGCCCAUAUUAGCACUUUGAAAGUAAUCAGGUUCUUCAUCAGGUUGUUCAGGAAUCCAAUUAUCAUUAUCAUCUGAGGAGUCGGCUAGUUCGAUAUCACUUUCUUCACUGAAGUCAGACUCUGUUUUUUCUCGUUUAAUUAAUUUGGUUGUUGUAGGGAAUUCCUUUAAACGAUCCCUAACCUUUUUGCUAAUUAGAGCUUUCACUUUUCCUCUUUCUUUCUCUAUCAACGCAUCUUUCUCGGGUGUGUCAGUAAUGGCUGUGCUUUUACGUCGCUUUCUAGGUUUCCUGUUAGCUUUACGAGGUAGUGAUUUUGGAUACCCUCUGAAUUCUUCUGGACUAGCACAUGUGGGAAAUUAAUUAUCCAUAGUUAUUUUUAGCUGAAAUGCUAUAUUAGAUGGUCCAGUUUCAGUUUUUUCUGGAUUAAUCUCGUUCUAAAGUUGUCCAGCACGUUCAGUAUUUAGUGUAGUCUCUUUACGAAAUCGUAAGGUGAUAGGUCCAGAUAAUUCAUAAUCGAGGACAUCUUCCCGUUGUAUCCUGUCAGAUACUGCUAAUGCUGAGAAAAGGUUUGUGUCAUCAAAGAAUAGAUAAUUAUAUGGAUAAAUUCCACUUUUCUGGAAUCCUGACAUAUUGGAAGGAGUUAGGUAUUUUGCAUGAGCUUUUCCAACACAUUCGGCUAUUUGGUAAAUAGUUAUGGGAAUUUCAGGAUGUCGUAGAAGCCAAGAAUCAAUAUCAGCAUUGUAAUUUGCUUUGAAUGGUCAAAAGACCGAUAUAUCUAGGGGCUUCAUUUUGUGACUACAGAGGCUUUCAAGAUUGUCAUAUAUUAGAAGGGAAGGAUUGUCAGGUAUACUGUGUAAAUGCUUUAUGAGAUGGUCAAGAACAUGUGAAAAGAGUUCGGCCGUCAUCCAACGAUUGGGCGUUGCUAAUCCCAGUGUACCUAGAGGUGCUCCAGCUACCAUGUGAGUUUUGAAAUAUUUUUUCGGAAACACCAUCGCUGGGGGAAGGUAUAUGCCGUUCAGCACAAAUGAUGGCGGAAGUUGUUACUAGAGUUGCGCGUUCGCCCCUGCUGCAUUGACUAACUUGUUUGGAACCCUUUUGAGCUAUAAUUUUUCUGGGGUUUUGCACAGUGCUAGUACCCGUUUCAUCAAGAUUAAAGAUCCUAGGUGCAUUAGCUACUUGAGGUUUCUUUCCAAAUAUUUUUUGCAAGAUGUGUUACUACUAGGCCAUUUUUGCUGCUGUACUCUGACGAGUACAGUGAAACCAAAUGGGUUAAUCCAAUUGGCCGAACAAUCAAAAUUAUCAAUAUUUAUCCCUUUACAAAAAAAUUUGCGUUUUUUUUGCAAAGGGCUAAAUAUGCGCAAAUUGCAAAAAAUGGCAUUUUCAAUUAGUUUGCAGCUUAAACCAUUCUAAAGGUGCACAGUUAACUUGUUCUUGAGACGACACCCUCACUUAUUUGAUUAGGUUUUAAAACAUUGGCAUUGAAAAAGAGUUGGAAUUGUUGGAUUGGAAUUGUGUUUGGCUCUGUCUUGCUAUAAGAAACACUGUAGAUAAAUUAGUGUUUUCAUGAAUGCCAGAUCUGAUAGUUUCGUUCGUAGGUCACCAAAUUACUAUGUUCAUGAAAUUUUGUAAGUCCAAUAGCUACGAUUUAUUUGUAAACAUAUAAUGCUCGUCUUCGUUAUAACUGGACAAUAUUGUGUGAAAUUUCGUCGUUAAAAGCGGUCGAUCUUUAUAAGUGGAGUCAUAAUAAAUGGAUGUCUUGUAUUAAAAACCAACAUAUGCAUGCCUUGCUUAUGUCACUAAAAACGGUUUUGUUUUUUCAUGAAAUAGAAAAAGUUAAUUUGGUAAAAGUACAAACUAGAGCGUUAUAUCCAAAUUUCACUACUUUAUUGUAAUAACUACUUAAUGAUUAUAAUGCCUUUCUUUAUAUAUCGUCGCUGAGUCUGUAAAAUUCAACAUUGUUUAAAAAAAUUAUUUUGGUUCAAAAUUUAAUUAAUUUUAUGUUACUCGUUUAUGUUAACUCGUGUUGUAUAAUUUAUCUGUACAAUUCCUUUAACAUGAAUUAAGGAAGAACACGAUGGGGCUAUAACAUGGACGUAUAAAUAAAGAUCUUUAUUUAUACGUCCAUGGGCUAUAAAAACACCACUGGUUCUUUUUUCACAAUUUUAUUUGUCGGUUUUUGUAGAGGCAGGACGAUAGUAACUGUAUAAUACAGCAAACACACAUGUGUAUACAAGAUAUGUAUGUAGGAAGCGUAAAAAAUAUUUAAAAUUAAGAUGAAACUAUUUGAAUUAUUCCAUCAUGAAACCUAUGUAUUAUGUACGCAUUUUGAGGCAUUUAGAAUUGUAAAUAGCGAUUAUAUAAAUAUAUUAUUAUAUUAUUCUAUUCUAAUAUUAAUGUGUUAUAAUGCUCAAAUACUGUGUCAAAAUAGAGAUUUUUUAAGAAUGUGUAUUUAACAUUAAAUGUUUCUUUAAAAAUUUAACAAACAUUGUUGAAAUAUAUUUUCUAUUUUUGUUUGUGAUUUUAUGUGAAAACAUGUUAAUAUUUAUGGGACCAAAAAUUAAGUUUUCAACUAAUAUAAUGCUUUGUACAAAUUUUUUUAGUGAUAAUAGUUUAAGAAUGUCCU